AAAGCGGAAGCGGAAGUGACGUUAGGGAAAGGUGGGGGCAAUCAUGGUGCCGCUGGGGAGGGGAGAAGCUGCUGCUGCCGCCGUUGCCGGGAGCCGCGGAGACAAGUCAUUACCUUUUUAUUUCUCACAAUUGGGCUGAGCACAAUUGAACCAUGGGGGAACACAGUCCAGACAACAACAUCAUCUACUUUGAGGCAGAGGAAGAUGAGCUGACCCCCGAUGAUAAGAUGCUCAGGUUUGUGGAUAAAAAUGGACUGGUGCCUUCCUCAUCUGGAACUGUUUAUGAUAGGACCACUGUUCUUAUUGAGCAGGACCCUGGCACUUUGGAGGAUGAAGAUGACGAUGGACAGUGCGGAGAACACUUGCCUUUUCUAGUAGGGGGUGAAGAGGGCUUUCACCUAAUAGAUCAUGAAGCAAUGUCCCAGGGUUAUGUGCAACACAUUAUCUCACCAGAUCAGAUUCAUUUGACAAUAAACCCUGGUUCCACGCCCAUGCCAAGAAAUAUUGAAGGUGCAACCCUCACUCUGCAGUCGGAAUGUCCAGAAACGAAACGUAAAGAAGUAAAGCGGUACCAGUGCACCUUUGAGGGCUGUCCCCGCACCUACAGCACAGCAGGCAACCUGCGUACCCACCAGAAGACUCACCGAGGAGAGUACACCUUUGUCUGUAAUCAGGAGGGCUGUGGCAAGGCCUUCCUUACCUCUUACAGCCUCAGGAUCCACGUGCGAGUGCACACGAAGGAGAAGCCAUUUGAGUGCGACGUGCAGGGCUGUGAGAAGGCAUUCAACACACUGUACAGGCUGAAAGCACAUCAGAGGCUUCACACAGGGAAAACGUUUAACUGUGAAUCUGAAGGCUGCAGCAAAUACUUCACCACACUCAGUGAUCUGAGGAAGCACAUUCGAACCCAUACAGGAGAAAAGCCAUUUCGGUGUGAUCAUGAUGGCUGUGGAAAAGCAUUUGCAGCAAGCCACCACCUUAAAACUCAUGUCCGUACACAUACUGGUGAAAGACCCUUCUUCUGCCCCAGUAAUGGCUGUGAGAAAACAUUCAGCACUCAAUACAGUCUCAAAAGUCACAUGAAAGGUCAUGAUAACAAAGGACACUCAUACAAUGCAUUUCCACAACACAAUGGAUCAGAGACACAGGGCCAGGACCUCAGCACAGUUUCACCAGUAGUCAUCUUUCAGUCAAUAUUCCAGAAUUCAGAUGAUACAGCAAUUCAGGAAGAUCCACGACAGACAGCUGCCUUGAUUGAAAGUUUUAAUGGUGAUGCAGAAUCAGUCAGUGAUGUUCCACCACCCACAGGAAAUUCAGCAUCUUUAUCUCUUCCACUUGUACUGCAGCCUGGCAUCUCCGAGCCACCCCAGCCUCUACUACCAGCCUCAGCUCCGUCUGCUCCUCCGCCUGCUCCCUCCCUAGGAACUGGUUCCCAGCAAGCUGCAUUUGGCAACCCCCCUGCUCUCUUACAACCUCCAGAAGUGCCUGUUCCCCACAGCACACAGUUUGCUGCUAAUCAUCAAGAGUUUCUUCCGCACCCCCAGGCACCGCAGCCCAUCGUACCGGGACUUUCUGUUGUUGCUGGGGCCUCUGCAUCAGCAGCGGCGGUGGCAUCAGCUGUGGCAGCACCAGCCCCACCACAAAGUACUACUGAGCCCCUGCCAGCCAUGGUCCAGACUCUGCCCCUGGGUGCCAACUCUGUCCUAACUAAUAAUCCCACUAUAACCAUCACCCCAACUCCCAACACGGCUAUCCUGCAGUCCAGCCUAGUCAUGGGAGAACAGAACUUACAAUGGAUAUUAAAUGGUGCCGCCAGUUCACCACAAAACCAAGAACAAAUUCAGCAAGCAUCUAAAGUUGAGAAGGUGUUUUUUACCACUGCAGUACCAGUAGCCAGUAGCACAGGGAGCUCUGUACAGCAGAUUGGCCUCAGUGUUCCUGUGAUCAUCAUCAAACAAGAGGAGGCAUGUCAGUGUCAGUGUGCAUGCCGGGACUCUGCAAAGGAGCGGGCGUCUGGCAGGAGAAAGGGCUGUUCUUCCCCACCCCCUCCAGAGCCGAGCCCCCAGGCUCCUAACAGGCCCAGCCUGCAACUACCACCGCAGACUUUUUCCUCACCUCCUGUCUCCCUGUCGUCAUCCUCCACCGUGCCCUCCUCCUGUGAGCAGAUCAGACAAGCAGAGACUCCUUUAGACCCUCAGACAGAAACGUUAAGUGCCAUGGAUGUGUCAGAGUUUCUGUCCCUCCAGAGCCUGGACACCCCGUCCAAUCUGAUUCCCAUUGAAGCACUGCUGCAGGGGGAGGAGGAGAUGGGCUUGGCCAGUGGCUUCUCCAAGUGAAGGGCCCACGUGUGCACACCUCCUGGACAGGAGGCAAGCAGGAGGCAGUGGGUGUGAUUCCUGCCAUCAUGGGUCAGAAAUUUGAAGGAUGAAGAAAUCUACUGUUUGAAAUCCUCACUUUUCAGAUGUAUUUUCUUUAUUCACAUCCCAGGAGCAUCCAUUUUAAGGAACUAAUCUUUGGAAAAAAAAAAACAAAAAACAACAAAAAAAAAGCUAAGUUAUAAAUGAACUGUUUGGCUGCACUGUAUGUCACUUUUGCUUGUCGUCAUGUGAACUUGGAAAUUAAGGUUACUCGUAUGCAUAAAAAUUCUAAAUGAAAGGAUGUGGUUUUUCCAUCAAUCUGGUACUGCCCAUCACUUGCACUGGGGUCUUUGUGGAUUGGGCAGGAGAGUUCGGCGUGUUGGGUGUUGCUCCUCCCUGUGUAUCUUUUGAUUCUGAGGCUGACUUUUGCUCGGAAGGCCAGACCUGCGCUCCAUCAAAGAGGGCAGUGGCAAAGGCCAGUGAGACAACUGUGAGUUGGACAGGGUUCGGUGAGAUGGCCUUGUUCGCGCUUGGUGUCGGUGGAGCUUAGGGUGGAUAACGCAGGGGUCAUCCUGCAGCCCUCUUCAGCAUAAAUGGGCAGCUGAAGGCCUGGCCCACAGGCUGCUGGCAUGGCCUGGUUCUGCAGAGGCCCUAGGCAAGUUGUUGACUGCUGUCUGUCCAUGACGUGUGCACAGAGCAGGCUCUAGCAAUACGAUCACAGUCUUUACCUUCCUGGUUCUUUCUGUCUCUCAGUUGCCAGGGCUUGCAGAUUGCAGUGAAUUUUCCUUGGGGAACUUCCCUGUUUUUGUCCUAGGGCGAACAUGUGGUUUAUGGCCAGUUGCUGGUUGGUGGUCUGCCUUCCUUUUAAUGGUAUUUGCUUCCUCAGAGCAGAAGGGCUACAUUUUGCUUAUCAGGAGAAGGUGCAGAUUUAAGGCAGUUGGUGUGAGGCGGCAUGUAAUCGGCAGGCCAGGUGUCCUGGUUCGAGGUUCUAGCCAGGCUUUUGGUUGCCCCCUCCCAUCUCUGCCCCUCAUCCCUCUGGAUUUUGCAUACAGCCUAGUACAGUGCAAAUGAGGAUGUGACUUGCUCAGCUUAGUCAUGUGAUUU